UCUGUGGUGCGAUGGAGCGCACAGCUCUGCUCCGGCUGCUCUUGACGUUGCUGCUCUGCUGCUCAACAAACCCAGCUCGUCUGACGGUGAGUCCCAGCAGCUCUCAGGUGUUCCAACUUGAAUCUGUCUCUCUGAGCUGUGAGGGGGACGAGCGCUCUGCUGGAUGGACUCUGAGGAGGAACUCCACCACAGACACCAGGACUCAGUGUGGAGACUGGGGAGUCUCCGCUGGUUCUUCCUGUACCCUCACAUACAUGAUUCCCCUGGACAGUGGAGUUUACUGGUGUGAGUCCAGAGAGGGAUCCACCAGUAACACCAUCAGCAUCACUGUCACUGAUGAAGCAGUGAUCCUGCAGAGUCCUGCCCUCCCUGUGAUGGAGGGACAUGACGUCACUCUGACCUGCAGAACAAAGAAGUCCUCCAACCUCCCAGCUGCUUUCUAUAAAGAUGGCUCCCUCAUCAGCAGUGAGCCUGCAGGUCACAUGACCAUCCACGCUGUUUCCAAGUCUGCUGAAGGCCUCUACAAGUGUGAGCUCAGUGAUGGAGCGUCUGCAGCCAGCUGGCUGCUUGUCUCAGAGAAACCCACCACUGCAAGUCCUCCCUCCUCGACCACCUCUUCCUCCUCCUCCUCCUCCUCCUCCUCCUCCUCCUCCUCCACCUCCUCCCUCCUCUUCCUCCUCCUCCUCCUCCUCCACCUCCUCUUCCCCCUGGUUAAAGCCUGUGGCUGCAUCUCUCUGUGUGCUGGUGCUGCUGGUGCUGCUGGUGCUGCUGGUGCUGCUGGUGAGGCUGGUUCGGAGGAAACCUGGAGCGAGUGAUCCAGCUCCAGUCUACUCAUCAGUGACGCCAACAAGAGACGUCAGUUAUGAAGCGAACAGGACAAGAGAGAGCGAUCCAGCUGCAGAUCGUUCAGCAGGAACCAAAGAAGUCAUUUACGGACAAAUAGUCAUCAGAGCAAACAGGACGAGAGAGUUUCCUCCAGAGCUGGAGGUCGUCUAAUCUUUACCGAAGGUCACCCCACCCACCAGCCCACUGAGGGCCAUCCCCCCCACUGAGGGCCACCCCCCACCACUGAGGGCCACCACCACCCCCCACCAGCCCACUGAGGGCCACCCCCCCCCCCCCACUGAGGUUGAAAAUGAAUCCUCACUAUUCUGGGAGAAGAGCUGCAGCUGCACUUUGUAUAAAUGUAAAUAUGUGAAGAUGUUCGGUCACAUGAAUAAAAGUGAACGCAGCUGCAGGACUAAACAAA